CUGUUACUAAAAUAUCAUUUUGUCAUUUAUAAGCAUUUGUAAACAACAUAGAAUUUAUUAAUUUUGGAAACAAACGCAUUUUGCCGACAACGUUAAAUAACAACAAAAUUAAGUAUUCUGCACUAAGUACAUCAUGACUAUACAUCAUUUGUACAUUUUUGAUAAAUUCGGCACUAUGCUGUACUAUGCAGAGUGGAAUCGGACGAAAAAGUCUGGUGUUAGCAGAGAGGAGGAAGCAAAACUAACUUAUGGUAUGCUUUUUUCAAUUAAAUCUUUUGUUAGUAAAAUAUCGCCGCAUGACCCGAAGGAGGGCUUUCUGUACUACAAAACGAACAGAUAUGCUCUUCAUUACCUUGAAACGCCUUCCGGUCUUAAGUUUGUAUUGUAUACUGAUACAGCUGCACUUAAUGUAAAAGAGCUUCUGAAACAACUAUAUAGCAAAGUGUGGGUCGAGUAUGUUGUCCGCGACCCCCUUUGGUCACCUGGCACUCCUGUAACAUCAGAACUGUUUCAAACCAAAUUAGAUGAUUUUAUAAAGCAGUCAUCACUCUAUGGAAUUCGUAAUAUAUGAGUUAAAGUACACCUUAAGCAUGCAUUUAUAUAAUAAGAGUCCUUGCAAAAAGUUACCGCCUUUGGAUAAAUAAUAUUUUAUUAUUUAUAUGCGUUUAAAGUUAAAAACACACUUGGUUUAUAUGUUUACGUAAUUGAGGAAUUACAAAAUAAAUUAUUUAUGUAGAAAUAAGC